AUGGUUCGAGAAGUUUCUCGAUAUAAUAUAGAAACUUCCUUGUUUUUCCUUGUACCAUAAAUAGAAGUUUACAUCAGUGUGCRUGCUAUAUAAGUAGAGAGAAAAUCCAUAGAGUAAAGACAUUCAGAUUUGCAAUGGAUUCGACAGAAGUUUGUAAGAACUGUAAUCGAGAAAUCCCAAGUGUGAACUWCGUUAUGCACGUAGCACACUGCUCCAGAAAUUUAGAAAUAUGUCAAGACUGUGGUGAACCUGUCCAUACGUCUCUACAAAAGGAACACAGAAAAGAACAYCACGAAACAGCUAAGUGUGGUUUAUGUGGCAAAGACGUUAUAAGAUCAAAACUAGAGGAUCACAUCGAGAAUUCUUGUUUGGAGAAACUYGUUGAAUGCACGACUUGUGGCAUYRAAGUACCAUUYACAAAGCUGAACGAACAUGAACUAUAUUGCCGAUCAAGAACUGAACGCUGCGACCAAUGYCAGAAGUAUGUAAUGAUUAAAGAUYUAGAAAGCCAUGUUUGUAAAGAGUACWGKARCACMWGUAWGCACUCUGAAGAAGUUCAAGAAACAGUGACAAUUCCAUGCGAGUUCUGUGGACAACAAGUUGAUGCGGUAGAGUUAGAAAYRCACCAGUCAARCUGCAGCGAGAUGRWGGAUGAUGUCCAAAUCAUUGACGACAGAACRCUAUCAAACUCGCCACAAAACAGAGACAUUUCCAAGGAGGAAUACAACAAUACGGAAGAAGAGACAUCAGACGGUGUCCAUACUAAUGAAGACAAUUCCAUCUAUGCCCUCCCCUGUGAGUUUUGYAAUGAGUUGUGCCCAUCMRACAAACUAUAUGCCCAUCAGUCUGAAUGCACACGUAAUAACAACACUGUUGAUGAUGAUGACAAUGAUGAUAAUAAUCAUCUUGRAUGCAUCAAUGAUAGACGAAGGCCAGCAAGACAACAUUUAGCAAGUGGUCCACRUUUAUCUGUAAGAAGGGUGGAUCCUUUCAACAUGGCGAGAUUCCAUGAGCUUGUGUUUGGUUCUGUUUUCAACUCAAUGAUGAGAGACCCACAAACAGGACAUUAUGAAGCCUUUGACAAUGAUCCAUGGCGCAUGUACUUUAAGUUAGAAACACACCAGUCAAGCUGCAGCGAGAUGGAGGAUGAUGUCCAAAUCAUUGACGACAGAACGCUAUCAAACUCGCCACAAAACAGAGACAUUUCCAAGGAGGAAUACAACAAUACGGAAGAAGAGACAUCAGACGGUGUCCAUACUAAUGAAGACAAUUCCAUCUAUGCCCUCCCCUGUGAGUUUUGCAAUGAGUUGUGCCCAUCCAACAAACUAUAUGCCCAUCAGUCUGAAUGCACAGGUAAUAACAACGCUGUUGAUGAUGAUGACAAUGAUGAUAAUAAUCAUCUUGAAUGCAUCAAUGAUAGACGAAGGCCAGCAAGACAACAUUUAGCAAGUGGUCCACAUUUAUCUGUAAGAAGGGUGGAUCCUUUCAACAUGGCGAGAUUCCAUGAGCUUGUGUUUGGUUCUGUUUUCAACUCAAUGAUGAGAGACCCACAAACAGGACAUUAUGAAGCCUUUGACAAUGAUCCAUGGCGCAUGUACUUUAACAGAUAAAAUAUGUUUGAUCCUGCAAUUAAAUAUUAAGUUAAUCAGGAUGAAUCUACCACUACAAUUUUUUUGGGCAAUAUCAUGUUAAGAUAUAGCAUUAACUGUAUUGUAAAAUGCGAUUACAAAUGUCARUGAUGUUCGAAAAUUUCUAAGUCAAUGUGCUAUAUUGUUAUUAUUUACACAGUUGUUUUAACUGUAAGUGAUAAUGUACUAGUGUUGUUCUAAAAUGCUCAGUAAAACAUUUGUAUAUUUUUA